AGCCGCGAGGACCGGGAUGUGUUCCUCGGAUGGAGAGCCGGCGGCGGUGCCCGAGUGAGAGCACCACGGACACGGCUGAUCUGUCUGUGUUUAAUCGGUGAAAUUAGCACCUCUCUGAUCCACCGAUCCAUCGACCCAACUGACUGUUGAGUGGCAGGAAAGAGAAGGGGAGACCGUGCGCAACGGAGACACCGGGACCAUGAUCCGGAGCUGCACGCGGGUGCACGGAGGUUAUCUCUGAAAGAGAAGAAGAACAGAAAUAUAAAUAGUGAAGGAAACGGUGUUUGAUCUAUUCUGCUCGUGCAGUAUCCCCUCACUGAUCCCGUUAAUCUACUGAGCCAUUGAACGGGGACGGUUUGUUUUGCGCACCGGACUCACCGGGACCAUGAUCCGGAGCUGCUUGAGAGUUUUAUCCGAAGGUUAGAGAAGAGAAGAAGAAUCAAAACAACAAAAAGACGGGUUUUGUUUGUCUUUUUUUUUUUUUUUUUUUUUACUGCUCAGUCGAUCCCUGCAUUGAUCCCGGUGAUCGGUAACUGCUCUGUGCGGGGAGAGAGACGCAAAAGAACCGGAGGAGGAGGUUGUUAAAGUCCGCACCAUGAUCAGGAUCUUCCCGGAUUUCAGCGUCCAGGUGACUGCCUCGGCGGGCGGAGGACCCGGGGCUGGAGGCGGAGGAGGAGGCGGUGGAGGCGGCGGGAUGGUGGCCGGACCCCAGGUGGGUCGGGUGCCGAUCCCCGGAGCUACGAACGGGACCCCGCAGAGCGUGCAGGGGCUAGGCGCGUACCAGCAGAGUGACCCCUACUGGGAGCGGCCGGCUAAUGCGGGCAGCUGCUCCGCCGCCCGGCCCAAGACCCUUCACCUGGCCGGCCAGCAGCACACCUCGUCACCAUGGCUACAGGCUCUGAGGAAGGAGAAGUCACGGGACGCGGCGCGAUCGCGGCGGGGAAAGGAGAACUUUGAGUUUUAUGAGUUGGCCAAGAUGCUGCCGCUGCCGGGCGCCAUCACCAGCCAGCUGGACAAGGCCUCCAUCAUCCGGCUCACCAUAAGCUACCUGAAGAUGAGGGACUUCGCCAACCAGGGAGACCCGCCUUGGAACCUACGCAUCGAGGGACCGCCGCCCAACACCUCUGUGAAAGACGGGCGAGGAACGAGUAAGGAGGCGGCUCUAUGA